UAUUGAUGAGGCUCAGAGGGCUAGAACCUGCUGACUGAUAAUUUGCCUCCUAGUGCUUUUGUGUGUGUAGGUGUGUGUGAGUGUGAGUGUGUGAAGCACUGGCCAUUUUGCCUUUUGCGGGACGUAUUUCGCUCCUGUUCAGCCACCAUGAAGCUCCCAGCACUACUGCUGGCCGUUCUGCUCUUUUCACAAUGUUUGGCCUUCGAGUUCAUUAUUGAUGGAGAGUGGGAAGAGGGGUCAGAUCACGACGAUCAUUUUAGAGAAAGUUCCAGAUACAGAAGAAACAUAUUGACCAGUGAAGAAGAAGAGGACUUUGAGGCUGUCCGUGGAGAUGAUAUCACAGUGAAGAGCUACAAGGUCGAGAGCAGAAUUACAUCACGGUUUGCUUACACCACUGUUAGUAGCUCGGUGGUGAACUCAGGCCUCAAUGCACAGAGCAUCGGCUUCAAUGUGCAGAUCCCUAAAAGAGCCUUUAUCAACAACUUCACCAUGAACGUCAACGGGAUCACAUUUGUCGGCUCAGUGAAGGAGAAAACUGUUGCUCGUAAACUGUACUCUCAAGCCAAAUCCCGCGGCAAAGCUGCAGGCAUAGUCAGAACCAACUCUCAGGCCAUGGAAACCUUUAAAACUGAGGUCCAUGUACCUGCAGGCAGCAAGAUUGAGUUUGAGCUGCACUAUCAGGAAAUGAUGCAGAGAAAAUUGGGUUCCUACACACACACUCUGCACAUUCAGCCGGGUCGACUGGUGCCACACCUGCAGGUUGAUGUGUAUAUAUUCGAGCCUAAAGGCAUCCAGUUUGUGGAGGCACCGAAUACACUGGGCGAGCAUUUUAAAGGUAUGACUAAGAUCACACACACGAAACAGAAGGCCCAUGUGGUGUUCAAACCCAGCCUGCAACAACAACGCAAGUGUAGCAAUUGUACUGAGACUGCCGUGGAUGGCGUAUUUACUGUACAAUAUGAUGUCGAGAGAGAAAGCAACGAAGGAGAACUGGUGGUGUCUGAUGGUCAUUUCAUUCAUUUCUUUGCACCAUCCAAUCUCUCUCCUCUAUCCAAAAACAUUGUAUUUGUGAUCGAUGUGAGUGGCAGCAUGUGGGGCUUGAAGAUGAAGCAGACAGUGGAGGCCAUGAAGACCAUCCUGGAUGAUCUGACGGUGGAUGACAAUUUUAGUAUCAUCGACUUUAAUCACAAUGUUCGGUGUUGGAGUGAGGAGCUUGUCCCAGGAAACGCUCUACAAGUUGCAAAUGCCAAGAAAUACAUCCAGGACAUCAAACCAAAUGGAGGAACCAACAUCAAUGAGGCCCUGCUGAAGGCAGUGCAGAUGCUUUUGAAGGCACAAAAUCAGGGCAUCAUCGAUCAGCGCUCCGUCUCUAUGAUCAUCCUGGUGUCUGAUGGAGACCCCACAGUGGGAGAGAUAAAGCUCAGCACCAUUCAGAAGAACAUAAAACGUGUCAUGCAUCAGGAUUUCUCUCUCUACUCUCUCGGCAUUGGGUUUGAUGUGGAUUUUGACUUCCUUGAGCGCAUCGCCUUGGAAAACCGGGGCAUGGCCCAGAGGAUCUUUGCAAAUCAUGAUGCUUCAGAGCAGCUGAAGAUGUUCUACAGCCAGGUCUCAUCCCCAAUGCUAAGGAAGAUUACUAUCCAUUUACCUGUGGACUCUGUGACAGACGUCACUCAAAAUCAAUUUGAUAAGUUCUUCAAAGGCUCGGAGCUGGUCACUGCUGGCAAACUUAAACUUAGUGGAUCCACCACAUUGAAUAGUUUCAUCACUGCUGCUGCUGCCACCCUUGACAUAAACCUUCAGACAGAUGCAGACCCCCAGGAACUUGACACUGUGCUCAGUCAACAACAGCAUUCAUUUGCUGGUUUUGCUCGCCAGAUGUGGGCCUACAUUACUAUCAAUCAACUGCUGGCUGAGCGCUCUGUGGCACCCACAGCAGCCAAGAAGCGAAAGAUCACACAUCGGCUUCUCACCCUGUCCGUGGAGCAUCAGUUUGUCACUCCUGUCACUGCAUUACUGGUGGAAAGUGAGGAUGGACCUGAAAGACUGCUGGCUGACUCACCCAGGGACCCCAGACAUGGCUGCUGUCCUGCCGCAGGUGUCAUUACUCCUCAGAAAGUGACCCUGGUAGAAAGUAUUCCUCCAUCCCGGCCUCCAUGGGUAGAGUUUUUAUCACCAACCCCAAGCCCAGUAAAAGGAGUGUCUCCUAUUACACUUGUGGAAAACGACCCUCAUUUCAUUGUCCACCUGCCCAAGAGCAACAUGGACAUCUGUUUCAACAUUGACUCCAAACCAGGACACAUUCUCAACCUAGUGUCUGACCCUGGAACAGGAAUUGCAAUCAAUGGCCAGUUGGUGAGUGGCAAGAAAAUGAAAAACAACAAAUUGAACACAUACUUUGGCACCAUCUCCAUUUCCGCCAAGGAGAUUGGGUUGAAUGUUGUGGUGAGCACCAAGAAGAUCGACUUGAUGGAAGGCAAAAACAACCACUCUUUUUCCUGGGGAGCCACAGCUAAAAUAACCCUUACAAGGGCCAUGGUUUCCAUCGAGAAGGAGAGCAAGAUGACUGUGACACUGGAUGGUAAGAUCUCAGUGAUGGUGCUGCUGCAUCGUGUAUGGAAGAAGCAUCUAAUUAACGUGGACUUCCUGGGAAUCUACAUGCCCAGCACUAACCUGUACUCACCGCAGGUCCAUGGUCUAAUCGGGCAGUUUUCAAAUGAGCCCAGUGUUAAGGUAUAUGAUGUGCAUGAAGGAACGGAGCCAGACAAGAAACAGGCCACCAUGGAAGUGAAGGGCAACAAGCUUAUGGUCACCAGGGGCAAGCAGAAGGACUAUCGAUUGGAUAAGAAGCAAGGUUCGGAUGUGAAUUGCUGGUUUGUCCAUAACAGCGGGAAAGGCUUCAUCGAUGGCCAUUACACCAGCUAUAUUGUCCCCAACCUGGACAGCUUCCUCCCCACUGUCUGAGCAUAUUAGCACAAAAAUAAUGAAUAGGGUCGGUCAGAUAUACAGAGAAGGAAAAGUUGUAUAAGAAAGUGUAUCUUCAAACUGACUCAUACAACAGAACUGUAAGGAAGAAACAUUCGAAGCAGUUACAGGUGGUGCUUUACAUACAUUUAAUCCAUUAAGAAACAAAAAUUUCACAUUGUCCAGUGUACACUGUUCAUACAAUCCAAUGCUUCCUCCUAGAAUUUAAAUCACAAUGUGAAUCCAUUUAGAUUUUAUACUGUCCUUACAAUCAUGUUAACUUUAAUUAUAGUCAAUCCUGAUAUCUAUUAAAAUUGAAGAAAAUUUA